AUGCACUGCCAAUUCUUGGUAAUAUCUUCACUCUGGAUAUUCGGAAGGGGAGAUACUUAUCAAUUUGACAUCAUCAAACCAUUUGAAGUAGGCAGUAUCAAUCAUUAUCUCCGUUUUGAGGGGUCGCCGAAAAAGUCAUAUCAGGUUCCAGAGGGCGUUACAGACGAGGAACUGCGGAAAACAUCGAAGAAUCAUAUUAUUCAUAAAUUUUGCGGCAAAAGAAAGGAAAAUCUCUUUUUCCUCGAGAAGCACUUUGUUGUAAAUUCUCGUCGCAAAAAUGACAUGGAAAUAGACUCUGCAGACCAAGAUCUGUUUUAUAAGGAGUGUCAUAAGAAAAUUGACCAAUACAAUAUCGCAAACACCCCUAUCAAGAUUUCUGAUAUUAACGAAAGGAAGCUCUCUCCUUGCACGGUCAAAAUACUCAUCCAAGAAAUCUCCUACCGUCAUGCGAAAGCUCAUGGCCCUUACGGAAAACACAGUCACCAAGCAUAUGCCAAGAUCUCACUUGAUUGGGACAGACUUAUUCCCUUUCAUGAGCUAUUAGAUUCAAAAUUUCCUUUGAUGACUAUGAAAAGACCGGGACAGCUUACACAUCUUGUAUAUAUCGCCGGAUUUCUCAAGCUUGUAGUUCAAAAACCUGCCAAAGAAGAUUAUACGAUCACACCGGCUCUUGGAAAUAUACCUGGAAACGAAAUAUACGAGUUUUUGUAUAAUUCUAGUAAACACAAAAAAAUGUCGCCGCAUAAAGUUCGUGUACAAGGCAACCAAGAUUACCAUAGAAAUAGGGCGUAA